AGUGUCGAUAGAGUGUGGAGGGCGGGAGACACGGCCAGUGACCUCUCCGGCUCAGUCAGAGAGGCAAACCGUGUGUGUGUGUGAGUGUGUGUGCAGUGAGCAGGUGAGCCGCGCGCCCUGAGGUGACGGACGGCUCACCUGUGGGGCGCAGUCGACACAGGAGGAAGGCGCGCUCACCGCCCGACCGGUUCUAGGAGCGUCACGGCAGCGUCCAUUGUGCCGUGAAUCACCGGUCCGGCGGCGGCCGGAGCAGCGCCGGGCUCAGCAGCGGCGGCGGGCUGAUUCAGCGUGCGCUCGGCCUCCGGAGCGUUUGUGUAUCGCCGGCGCCGGCCGGUCUCCCGCCGGAGGACCGGGCGCCGCCGCCGACUAACCGUCGACAAAAAGUGGAAGGGCGCAGGAAGGGCGCUGUUACGGAGCCCGCUCGGCGCUGUCGCGGCGCCCGCUCGCUGGCGGGUCCUGGCGGGACACGGCUGUCAGCCUCUGUCGCUGGGUGAUACGGCGGUGAGCGCUGGUGAGACCUGGGUCUGAGUCCCGACGGCUCCCGGUCCAGUGAACAGCUGGGGCCCAGGGGGCGGGGCUCGGCCGCGCCAGCUCGGAUUAUACUCGUAUCGCCCGUAUGGCCUCCGGCGCUAUCGACGUGUGACAGUGGCCAAACGCGCUGUUUGCCUGUGCUAGCAUUGGUGUGAGCGAGUGCACGACCGCCAUCGGCCUGAAUAAUGAACGGUGCAGAGAGUUGUCCUUUGGUGAAGGGCGUCUAACAAGGCGACUAAAUGGGAAAGGAGGUGAAAUCGGCAAACGGCACAGCGGUGCCCAGCGGCGCCCAUCCGCCGUCCACAGUGCUGAAGGACCUGGCGCACAACAACGACAUAUUGUACAGGAGUCACGGGAGCAGCGACAGCCGCGAUGGGCCCCGGACGCCGACCGACCUGCAUCUGCCGUCGCCGGUGGCUCGGCGGCUCUCCACCGGCGCCGCGCUCACCGUCCAGAACUCAUUCUCGAGACGGUGCAGCUCGUACUGCAACGGCAGCCAGGAGCACGGCGACACCGCCAACGGCCAGCACGGCGCCGGGCUCGGCGAGGAUCUGUCUGCUCCGAAGCCGCGCCGAGUCAGCUCGUGCUGUAACGUGACCGAGGAGCACAACGUGCUGCCCGACCAGCCGUACCGCGGUAACGCCAAGAAGAUCAGUGAGCUGCUGGGGCGCGCCAGCGAAUACCUGGACUUCACCGAGGAGGAUGCAUACUUCGGGGACGGCGGAGGGUUCGACUUUUCAACGAUAGAGUACAAGAGCCGGAUCGCCGACCCGUCCCGACCGCCGCAGAAAGGCUGCAACUUUCACUACAUCCGCUGGAAGGUCCGCCGCACCGUGGAGCAUCUGGCCGUCCGUCUGUUCGUGCUCGUCCUCAUACUGAUCGACAUCUCCAUAGUCAUCGUCGACCUGACCAACUUCAAAAGCCACCUGGAUCACAAGUUGGCCAUCAUCAGCUUCGCGUUCUCCUGUUUCUUCUUGCUUGAAGUGUCACUCCGAAUCUUCGGUGUCGGGCCAAAAUACUUUUUCAACUUCACACGGCACAAUGCGUGGUGGAACAUCCUGGACUUCGCCGUCGUCGUCGUCACUUUCAUUACAUCUCUGCUAGAUCUGACCGUUGAGAACUUAGCCACCGACGGAUCAAAACUCGUGGUGUCGCUGCGGAUAAUCCGCGUGAUGCGGCUGCUGCGAAUCUGCGCUCAGCAGGACCACCUGAAAACCGCCGCCAGACAAAUCAUCUCCGAAAACAAACGAAGAUACCAAGAGCACGGUUUUGACCUGGACCUAUGCUACGUAACGGAGCGGGUUAUUGCCAUGAGCUUCCCUUCAUCAGGAAAAAUGUCCGUCUACAGAAAUCCAAUAGCGGAGGUGAGCCGCUUCUUCAAUACCCAGCACAAGGGCAAAUACAUGCUGUACAACCUGUGUUCGGAGCGCACCUACGACACGUCCUAUUUCGAGGGGCGCGUCCAGCACGUGAAGAUAGACGACCACAACGUGCCCACGCUCCAACAAAUGCUGGACUUUACCACCUCGGUCAUCAACUGGCUGAACGCUGACGCCGAGAACGUGGUGGCCGUCCACUGCAAGGGUGGCAAGGGCCGGACGGGCACCAUGAUCUGCAUCUACAUGGUGGAGACGGGCCUCUUCUCGACGGCCGACGAGAGUCUAGACUACUUCGGCAGCCGGCGCACCGACCUCAACGUCGGCGGCAAGUUCCAGGGAGUCGAGACGCCCAGCCAGAGCCGCUACGUGGGCUACUACGAGUGGAUGAAGAACAACCGUCACCACCUGCCGCCGGAGACGCCGCGCCUGCUGACGCAGCUGCGACUGAGCGGCCUCAGCACGGUCGGCAGGGGCGACGGCGGCGACUUCAGCGUGGUGGUCUCCAGCCGCGCCGGCCGCCUCUUCGAGGCCAGCUGCGCCACCGGGCGCGGCUGCAUCCACGCGUACGACAAGUCGUCGGACGAGGCCACCAUCACGCUGACCGACUGUCCAGUCCUCACCGGAGACGUCCAGAUAAAGUUCAAAUGCUCCUCGAGAAACGUGCCCCGAGGCUAUGAAAACGUGGCGUUCUACUUCUGGUUCCACACCGGCUUUAUCACAAACAGCAGACUCACCCUGAUGAGAGAGGAUCUGGACAACCCGCACAAGCCCAACACGUGGGACGUCUACACCGACAAAUUCUGCGUGGAGUGCACGUUUGGCUGAUGGAGCGACGGUGGCGCCGCCACCGGUGCAGUCGGGAAACUUUGCGUCGGGUCUCGGGUGGGCGGGGCCGGGGAUGAAGAUGUGUGUGCGGGGGGAGGGAGGGGGAGCGACCGAGAUGAAAUAUACGGACGAUACGGUC